AUGAGUCCAGUACGCGCCCCACCUUUUCAAUUUCGUGUACUCCGCGACUGGAAGGGUCUCACCACCCAACGCUACUCGCGCAAAUUCCUCUCGGGGGUCUACUUCCAUCUCUACGGCACCCUCUAUGAUAAAAAUGGCUCUGCCGAAAAUGUUCGCAUCACUGUUCCACUUGACAACGAUGAUGGCACGUUCACUCCGAAGGAUAUGUUAAAGGCUCUGCCGAUUUUCCAGCAGCGCAUCAACGACGUGUUGACAGCAAAAAUUGGAGACGGUUGUGUUGAGGAGCUAAGCAAUGACCAAGACGAAGACCAAGAAUAA